GUAAUAUUUUUGUGACUUGCAUUAUUACUCAGUAGACUUGCGUGGCUACGGGACGACCGCGCCUGCCCGCGAGGACUCGUGUAUGGACCAAUGUCAGCAGCCCCUGAAUCCGUGAAUCCCACCGAUAUUGUAGAAGCUUUGGUUAGGGAGUACCUGGUUCGUGCAGGCUGCACAAAGUCCUUGGAGGAGUUCAACAAAGAGAAGCCCAAACACAGCAAGAGCAUCACCAAGCGGGAGGUGCUUCGUAAGUCGCUGGGACUUGAUAAAGCAGCUGCUUACUACAAGAAGCAGAACCCCACUGCGGAGGGGGUGCCCGCGACACUAGACGUCUGGGUGCUGUACCAGAUGGCCAAAGUCAACACGUGGUCAGACGGGCCUGGUGCACAGGCGCCCCGCCCCGCGGCAAAGCCUGCUGCGGGCCCGCGAGGAGAUGGCCCGGAGGAUGCGUCCGCGCCCGUGGCUUCCUCGAUGAUGCCGCGCCGGCCCAGCGCUCUGGGGCUAGCCACUGCACCCACCGCUCCAGGGGGUCUUCCGCCGCCACGCCAGGGCUUUGCAGUGCCGUCGCCGUCAUCAGGGGCGUCGCCAGCUGGGACCCCCCGCCGCCCCGACGGCGCCAGCGACAACUCCCCGGCUGCCGCCCGACCCGCCGCACGGCUGAGCGCGCCGGGCAUGCCGCUCUCGGCGUCCGCCAGCGCGCUGCGCGGGCCCGGCCUGGGCUCCGGCUCGGGCACUGGCUCGCCCGCAGCGGGGGUGUCGCCGGCGCCGCGCAUGUCCACCAUGAUGAUGGGCACGCCCAACGCCGUCAAGAUUGCCAGCGGGCCGGCGACAGGGCCGGCGGGCGGCAUGUCCGCCACGGCGCCGCCUCGCGCGCCCGCCGCCCGGCCCUCUGGCGGCAACGAGCUGGUGCUGGAGGACUGUGACGAGGAGUUCGGGCAGGACGACGCGGGCGGCCACGGAGCCAGCAUGGGCGCGGCGGGCUUCGCCACCAUGCGCAUCUCGGGCGGGCCCGCGCUGCGCAAGCCGGGCACCCCCAUCUCGCCUGACACCAUGCGGCAACUGAAGACGCUGCUGUGGGGCAACAUGGGCCAGCCGCCGCCGUCAUGGAAGCAGGGCUUCUUCUUCAACACGCACGCGGGGCUGCAGUUCGGGCUGGUGCAGAAGCUGGGCGGCCCCUGCGGCGUGCUGGCGGCGGUGCAGGCGCACAUCCUGGGGGCGCUACACAGCCCGACCACCGGCUUCAACACGACUCCCCGCACGCCAGAGCAGCUGUCGGCGCUGACGGCCGCCAUUGCGGAGAUCCUGUGGGACGCCCGCAUGGGCCCCCACUCGGUGCUGGUGCUGCCCGAGGGCGAGGCGGGCGGCGCCGCCAGCAAGCUGGGCUACGACCAGCUGUGCCGCACACUCACCAGCCACAGCGCAUCCAGCCGGGAGGCGCUGGUGGACUUGGUCCGCGGCGCGCUGCCGCUGCUCAUGUCGGAGGACGGCUGGGGUGUGGUGCUGCUGGUCAUGAGCGCCGCGCUCAGCAGGGGCGUCGCAAACGUGCGGGCCGACAUGGACGAGCCCAACAACAGCCUGAUGGGCAUGCACGGCUACUGCACCCAGGAGCUGGUGCACCUGCUCAUACUGGGGUCGGCCACGUCCAACGUGUUUGACGGCAACAAGGACCUGGACGGCACCACCACGCUCAAGGGCAUCAGCCGGAAGUGCAGGCUGGGUAUGCUGACGCUGUUCGAGUGGUACAAGUACGUGGAGGUGGGCGCCUCGCUCAAGAGCCCCUCGCUGCCGGUGUGGGUGGUGUGCAGCGAGAGCCACUUCACGGUGCUGUUCGCGGCGGACAAGGACAGCGGCGCCCGCUGCAUGCGCGAUGCGCUGCCCUUCGACCUGUGCUACUACGACGAGCUGGCCAACAUGGACUCGAUCAUCAAGCUGUCUGUGUCCAAGGACCCGCGAGGCGGCUGGACUGCCAAGAUGGGCACCACCAUUGGAGACCGCGGCAAGUGCGAGGGACACAACAUCCCGCCGCUGGAGUGCGUGAUUGAGACGCGCUGGCCGGGCGUGAAGGUCGACUGGAACGGGCAUGACCCCAUUCUGUGAGCGCGUGCGUGAGGCGAGCUGAUGAGUUGCUGAUCAGGACGGGGCAUGGCGUGACGGUAUGUAGCGGUGGUGUGGCAUAGGCUAGCGGUUGCCGCGGUGUCUCGAGUAGAGAAUGUGGAAGCAGUGAGU